AUGGCUAAUAUGUUAGAUCUUAAUUCUAAUAAAGAAAUUUCCUACAAAGAUAUUGGCAAUUUUAUAGUAAAGAAAGAAAAGCAUACAAACAAUAAUUCCCAUAAUAGAUUAAAACUUAAAAGGUUAAUAAUUGCUUACAGAGUAAAGGAUAAAAAUGAUAGUAAUAAUCUGACUAAUGGUAUAGUUAAGAGAUUGAGAGAUACAUUUAUUCAAAAAAUUGAAACUAUUUUGCACAAAAUGCAAAUAAAGUUGAUAGAACCUCCAAGAUUCUUGAAAGGUUUAAAUUUUGAAAUUAUAAGCUUACCUCAUAAUAUUAAUGCACUAAAUUUUUAUCAGAUUAUACUUAGUAAUUCUGCUAUGUUUGAUGAUAUAAUAGAGGGAAUAUAUGAGGAUGAUUUUAUAGGCUCACAAAUUCUACAGGAAACCCCAAUAGAAUUAAAUAAUUUUGUGUCUAGAGGAAAAAAAAGACAACCAGCAAGUGAUGAAUUUUAUCCAUCAGAUCCAUUAUUUGAAAGGCAAUGGUUUCAUAGUGACUUGAAUUAUGGAAUUAAUACUCCAAAACUUUGGAAAAGGCUUAAAGAGAUAAUAAAUAAUAAAGUUGGAAAUGCAGUAGUAGCUGUUAUGGAUUCUGGAAUAGAUUUUGAACAUUCAGAUCUUAGGGGAAGGAUAUGGAGAAAUUUUGGAGAAUAUAAUUGUAGUGAUGGAAUAGAUGAUGAUCAAAAUGGUUAUAUAGAUGAUUGUUAUGGUUGGAAUUUUGUAGAUGAUACAAAGAUUCCAUCUGAUGAUAAUGGACAUGGAACACAUAUAUCAGGUUUAAUUGCAGCAAUUCCAGAUAAUGGAUUAGGAAUUGCAGGAGUUUGUAUGUACUGCCAAGUAAUGGUACUAAAAGUCUUGGAUUCAAAUAUUCAAGGUUAUGUUUCUGGAAUUUUACAAGCAAUAGACUAUGCAUUAGAUAAGGGUGUAAAGGUUUCAAACCAUAGUUAUGGUAGUAGGAGUGAACAAAUUGAAUCAUUGAGAUUAGCAAUUCAAAGAAGUGAGACCCAAGGAAUGUUGGUUGUUGCAGCAUCUGGAAAUUUCCACAAAAAUAGAGAUAAUGACCAAUUCCCUACUUAUCCAGCUUCCUUCAGGUUUAAUAAUGUAAUAUCAGUUACAGCAUUAAAUAGAGAAGGUAUAAUUAUGGAAAGAGCAGCAUAUGGAAGAAAUUCUGUACACUUAGCAGCUCCAGGUGUUAAUAUUUGUUCUACAUACUUGGGUGACAAUUAUCGUUGUAUGUUUGGCAGCUCAUUCUCAACUCCAUUAGUAUCUGGAGUUGCAGCUAUAUUAGUUUCAUUAUUCCCAAAUUUAUCAAGUAAAAUUAUUAAGGAAUGUAUCCUUAAAGGAGCAACUAAUAUUGAUGGUCUUCCAGGUAAGUUUCAGUAUACUUAA